UAACACCAUCUCUCAAUUCACAGAACACUUCUCGGCAUCAUCGCGGAAAAUGUGUAAAACUCGGGUGCGUGGCUGCUGGGAAAAGGAAAACUAAUGGAAAACUGUGCCAUCCAGCGAAUUGGCACAGUUCCCAUUAUGAUGGUUAUAUAAAAGUCCAUUAGCCAUCCAGCCCGACCAAAGCCAUUUGCAAGCGACCCCGAAACUUGUUCGCCUAUCAAGGACACAGAUCUUGUGGAGCUCCGCAGCUCCGUGAGUCACCCAGACGGGCCAGGCCCAUAAAGAGCAGCACAUCUUCUGGUGGCAGUAAAAGUGGAGCAGCAAUAAUAGGAAAUCGUUGUAGCCCGUUCCGAUGAGGUGAAGUCAGGUGCGAAUUGCGACCUCGAAUACAGAACUUCAAGAUGCAGCCGCUGCUGUGGCUGUGCGUGGUCCUGCUGCUCCUGUGCCACUUCGGCCCCAGCCAGGCCAAUAUUCUCAACACUCUGCUGGGCGUGCCCGCGGAGUGCGUCCACCAGAGCGGCGUGUGGCCCUGCAAGCUGAGCUUCUCCUGCUGGCUGCAAGGCGGCAAGCACGCCAAGGGAUGUGGCAGCAACAAGUGGCUCUUCAGCUGCUGCGUCGCCGAUCCGCAGAGCCAGCACCACCUGCACCACUCCGCCUCCCCGCUGGCCAAUCUCGUGGACUACGGCCAGCUGAAGCUCAGUCUCAACAGCCUGCCCAAGCGGAUCAUGCUGCGCCGACGUGACGACAACGAGCUGCUCAAUCUCAAGCCUGAGUGUGGACUCCCGCGAACGGCGCAGAACACGCUGCAGAAGCGCAUCAUCGGCGGUCGUCCGGCGCAGUUCGCCGAGUACCCGUGGCAGGCGCACAUCCGCAUCGCGGAGUACCAGUGCGGCGGAGUGCUCAUCUCGGCCAACAUGGUGGCCACCGCCGCCCACUGCAUCCAGCAGGCCCAGCUGUCGGACAUCACCGUCUAUCUGGGGGAGCUGGACACCCAGGAUCUGGGCCACAUCCACGAGCCGCUGCCCGUGGAGAAGCACAGUGUGCUGCAGAAGAUCAUCCACCCCCGCUUCAACUUCCGCAUGACCCAGCCGGACCGCUACGACCUGGCCCUGCUCAAGCUGGCCCAGCCCACGGCCUUCACGGAGCACAUCCUGCCCAUCUGCCUGCCGCAGUACCCCAUCCGGCUGAUCGGGCGGAAGGGUCUGAUCGCCGGGUGGGGCAAGACAGAGGCGCACAUGGGCCACGCCGGCACCAACAUGCUGCAGGUGGCCAGUGUUCCCAUCAUCACCACCUUGGACUGCAUCCGCUGGCACGAGAGCAAGCAGAUCAGUGUGGAGAUCAAGGCGGAAAUGUUCUGUGCCGGCCAUUCCGAUGGCCACAUGGAUGCGUGUUUGGGAGACUCUGGAGGUCCGCUGGUGAUCAAGGAGCGCGGACGCUUUGUGCUCGUGGGCAUAACCAGCGCGGGCUUUGGCUGCGGAGUAGAUCAUCAGCCAGGCAUCUAUCACAACGUCCAGAAGACGGUGCGGUGGAUCCAGGAAGUGGUGAGCCGCAACGAGCUAUAGCCAGCAGCGCGCUGACGACCCUGGGCAUCCCCUCCGAACCUUUGGCAAUGCAACCCAUCUCAUUAGUUUACGGCUCGUAGCAUUAGGCAAUGUAAAUGUGCAAUCCUCCGCCAGAGACGCAAUAUUUAUUAGA